UGGCUUGGUUAAGAGUAUGGCUGAUCCGUUGCAUGCCGAUUGACUUGGGAACAACAAAGAAUGCUUCGUUCGUUAGUGAUGCUUUUGGUCAGCUCCAGAAGUUUCCCUCGAGAGUUAAGGCCUUGGACAUUGAGUGUUGA